CAUAACAAACAUGCAAAUAACUUGCAGUCUUUCUAUUUUUAUUCUGAUUUCCUGAAGCUCUUAGCCUCAGAAGCGUUAGAAAAUGACUGAUGGAGAUCAAGAAAACAUGUCAAGGCACAACAUAGAAAACGCCGAUGAGCGAGUUCCUUUGUUAUCAAGCACACAAGAUCACGAGAAGGUUUCUGGAGCAUCCUUUCAUGGCUCGGUGUUCAACCUGUCAUGCACAAUCGUCGGCUCGGGAAUCAUGAGCCUGCCCGCAACCCUGAAACUCUUGGGGCUCGUUCCCGGGAUUGUGUUGAUCGUUACAGUUGCGUUUGUUAUCCAGGCGUCGAUUGAGAUGCUGUUGAGAUUCAGCAAGGCAGGGUCUGCAUGUUCCUAUGGAAAUGUCAUGGGUGAUGCCUUUGGAAGAAUAGGGAAGGUUGUGCUCCAGAUCUGCAUUGUUAUCUACAACACUGGCUCUCUUAUUGUGUACAUGAUCAUAAUUGAGGAUGUGCUUUCCGGAUCAAACUCAAAGGAGGCUCACCACACCGGCAUUUUGGAAGGGUGGUUUGGAGCUCACUGGUGGACUAGCCGCGCCUUUGUUCUUGUCACAGUAACUGUUGUCAUCUUUUUACCAUUGAUGUUCUUCGAGCGUAUCGAUUCAGCAAGAUACAUCUCUAUCAUAUCGGUUGGAUUGGCACUUGUGUUUCUUCUUGUUGUCAUUGGAGUCACAGCUUACAAACUAAUGGAUGGAAGCAUCGAGACGCCAAAAUGGUUUCCAAAUGUGACUGAUUCUGCAUCAUUCUUUAAUCUCUUCACCGCAGUCCCUGUUGUUGUUUUCGCAUACAUCUGUCACUACAAUGUACACACAAUUCAGAACGAGCUUGAAGAUCCUUCCCUAAUGCGAGCAGUUGUUCGAGGUUCACUUGCCCUAUGUGCAGUUGUAUAUGUAAUGACAGGCAUUUUCGGGUUCCUUCUCUUUGGCGAAUCAACAUAUUCUGAUCUGCUCUCCAACUUUGACACCGACAUUGGCAUCCCCUACAGUUGGCUGUUCAACGACAUUAUUCGAAUCAGCUACGCAGGGCACGUCAUACUAGUAUUCCCAACCAUUUUCUUACCGCUCCGGCUCAACUUGGAUGGCCUUCUUUUCCCCUCGGCAAGGCCUCUGGCUUUAGACAAGAAGAGAUUUGUGUUGGAAAGUUUAGGGCUUGUCUUCGUUGCCCUUGUGGGUGCAAUAUUCGUACCAAAUAUUUGGAUAGCUUUUGAGUUCACCGGUGCAACCAUGGGAGGAUUACUUGCAUUUGUUUUCCCUGCUUCCAUCACUCUCAAGGAUCCUCAUUGUACAAGGGACAAGAUUGUGUCAGUCUCCAUGAUCCUUCUUGCAGUAUUUGCAAACCUGAUGGCCACUUACAGCAAUCUCAGCUCUUUGGUGUCAUAACACGGUUUAGGAACUUGGUUUCUUUGCAUAAUGCAACAGACAUUAAGUUUAAUUUCUGCUUUGUGGAAGAUUCAAUGUUUAUCACGGAUUAAGGCAUUUAAGUGACUUCUAGUUAGAUGGAGCCCAAUUAAGGGAUUGAAAGGCCUUAUGGCCGGAUAUAGGAGAGAGAGAGAGAGGUGAGUGAGGGUUGCUUUAGAAACAACCUUAUGCAUAUAUACAUGUUCAACAUCCAUCAUUCUUGCUCUUUAGUACUACGGUCUAGUGAUAUUUCUUUUCACUUGUAAGUGAGAGGUCUUAAAUUCGACUCUCGCUAAAGUCGAAUUUGUCGAACUAUAGAAACUAGAGGCACCAUCACUUUGGUGCGAGGGAGAUCGCGACAGGAUCACGGAGGAAAGGUCCUGCACAAAGGUUGAUCAACUUUGAUUUUUCAAAAUCAAAUUAGUGCUAUAAGAGGUAGUUUUUUUUAUCAUUCUUCCAUUUCCUUUUAGUCCAAAGAGCGAGUUUAAAGAUCCAUUGGUUUGGAAGUUCGGUUUGCACGUAUGUAUUAGUUUAAAGAUCAAUUGUUUUGGAUCAAAAUCAUUGUGAAAUUUCAAUUUUUUUAACCCAAAACCAACAUACCAGCCACGAACCGCCAUUAAGGCUUAGCCCUGGAAGAUUUCAUAACGGAGUUCACUCUUUCUGGAAUAAAUGAUCAUCUAACACUGGCCGACCAACAUGUGGCCAAUGCACACCCAA